AUGCACGAAGCUAACGAGAAUGAGCAGCUACCCGAGGACAGCAAACCGGUAGCUGUAAAUGCACUGACAGAUGGCCUUGAAAUAGAAUGGGCGGGAGAUGGCCAUAAAAGUCGUUACGCGUAUGAAUGGCUAAAGAACCAUAUCACACCUGACACCACUUCCACAGGAGGACCCGCGUUACGGGCUGAUCUCGAAUUUGUUAAAAAUACCUCUAAAUCGCUUCCAACUGUAGCGUACGAGGAAGUGAUGUCGUCUGACGAAGGUGUACGGAAGUGGACAGAUAACAUUUAUCGAUUCGGUUUUAGCUUCGUCAAGGGUAGCCCUGCGACGCCUGAAGCGACUGAGAAGCUAUUAGAACGAUUGGCUUUCAUCAGGCCGACACAUUAUGGAGGCUUCUGGGACUUUACAUCCGACCUCUCGAUGAAGGACACUGCAUAUACAUCACAGCAUCUCAAUGCCCACACCGACACGACUUACUUUACGGACCCUGCAGGCCUUCAGAUGUUCCACAUUCUAUCACAUACCGGCGGAAAAGGUGGAGAGACCUUGCUAGUUGAUGGAUUUGAAGCUGCUCGUACACUGCUUGCUGAAGACCCUGAAGCUUACCAGGCUCUAAGCAAUAUUAAAAUCACUUCUCAUUCUAGCGGAAACGAGGAUGUUUGUAUCCAGCCAGCCAGCUCAUUUUCGGUGUUAAACCACCUCAGCGAUUCUUCGGAGCUGUACCAAGUUCGGUGGAACAAUGACGACCGUGCCCCUGGAAAUGGGGAUUCGCUAGAAACGAUUCAUCGUUGGUACCGAGCUGCGAAAAAGUGGAAUGAAAUUCUUAAGCGCCCUGAUAUGGAAAUUUGGCUUAAACUCGAGCCUGGGACCCCACUCAUCUUCGAUAAUUGGAGAAUCCUCCACGGCCGCUCUGCAUUCUCGGGAAAAAGACGGAUGUGCGGUGGAUAUACCCAUUGUACUGAGCUUAUCCUUCGUUCUACGGUUUAUCUUACGUUCGGCGCCAUGUCUACCUUAGAGGAUCUCGACGACCUUGAGCGCGAAGACAAGAACCAGAAGGAUGACCGAAAAGGUGGCGAUGGCAAGGCGUCAGACAAGGACGGUGAUGCGGAGAUGAAGGAGUCAGAGAAGAAACAGGAAGAAGAGCUCAUAGACGAGGAAAUCCUACGAUCAAGUACAAGAGACAUCGUCAACAGACGGAAACUCAUCGAAAACGACAUGCGGAUCAUGAAGAGCGAAUUCCAGCGGUUGACGCAUGAGCAGAACACGAUGAAGGAGAAGAUAAGGGAGAACCUGGACAAGAUCGAAAAUAACCGACAACUACCCUACCUAGUUGGUAACGUUGUGGAGUUAUUGGAUCUUGACGUGGAGGAAGAAGCGGCUGAAGAAGGUGCCAAUAUCGAUCUCGAUGCUACCCGUGUCGGCAAAUCUGCAGUCAUCAAAACAUCUACACGACAAACGAUCUUCCUUCCACUCAUCGGUCUCGUCGACCACGAGCAGUUGAAACCUGGCGACUUAAUCGGUGUGAAUAAAGACUCUUACCUUGUACUGGAUACCCUACCCGCCGAAUAUGACAGUCGUGUUAAGGCUAUGGAGGUGGAUGAGAAGCCAACGGAACAAUACACUGAUGUCGGUGGUCUGAACAAACAAAUCGAAGAGCUACUUGAAGCUAUAGUUUGGCCUAUGAAGGAAGCGGACAGGUUUAAGAAGAUUGGCAUUAAAGCUCCCAAAGGUGCCCUCAUGUACGGCCCACCAGGAACUGGUAAGACUCUUCUCGCCCGAGCUUGCGCCGCUCAAACAGACGCAACUUUCCUCAAACUCGCCGGCCCUCAGCUUGUACAAAUGUUUAUCGGUGAUGGUGCCAAGCUGGUACGCGACUGCUUCGCUCUAGCCAAGGAAAAGGCCCCAGCCAUUAUCUUCAUUGACGAACUUGACGCUAUCGGUACCAAACGUUUCGACUCUGAGAAGUCAGGAGACAGAGAAGUGCAGCGAACUAUGUUGGAACUUCUCAACCAGCUUGACGGAUUUGCCUCCGACGAUCGAGUCAAGGUCCUCGCCGCUACUAAUCGUAUUGAUGUCCUCGAUCCCGCCCUUUUACGAUCCGGCCGUUUGGAUCGCAAGAUUGAGUUCCCGCUACCAAAUGAGGAAGCUCGUGCCCAGAUUCUUAGAAUCCAUUCUCGCAAGAUGACGGUUGACGAUAAGGUUAACUGGCCAGAACUUGCUAGGAGUACUGAUGAAUUUGGCGGUGCCCAACUCAAGGCUGUUUGUGUGGAGGCUGGUAUGAUUGCGCUACGAAAGGGUGUCAACAAAGUGAGCCACGAACAUUACGUCGAUGCCAUUUCGGAAGUUAUGGCGAAGAAGAAGGAUACCAAUGUUGGCAUAUAUGUCUAA